CGUUCGAACAGUUUUUAGCACAGUUUUCCAAUGUUGACCGUGCGUGGCGUUUAGCUGUGGUGUUUUGUGGAGACAAUAAAAAAAUUUUGUGGGCUGAAAAGUGACGGAAAAAUUGUGAAAAUCAAAGAAAAAGUGUGUGUCCUGUGUCGCUGGGCUUGUGAAAUUAUCAGUUUUAAUGGUUUCGCAGGGCAAUGUCGGCGUCAAUAGGUGUAAAUUUGCGCGUAACGGGCCACUGCAGUCAGGGUGGGCGAAAAUACAUGGAGGAUUUCUUUUCUGUGGCGUACCAACAAUCAGAGGAUGAAAAAGAUCUCGAGUAUGCCUUCUUUGGCAUCUACGAUGGCCACGGGGGCUGCGAAGCUGCAACAUAUGCCAAGGAGCACCUCAUGAAUGAAAUUGUAAAUCAGAAAUUGUUUUGGUCAGAGAACGACUCUGACAUAUUGAAAGCCAUCCGAGAAGGUUAUCAUGCCACACACAAUAAAAUGUGGCGUGAACAAGAAAAGUGGCCCAAAACACCAACGGGACUACCAAGCACAGCAGGAACCACAGCAAGUGUAGCAUUUAUUCGCCAUGGAAAAAUCUACAUUGGACAUGUUGGAGAUUCAGGAAUUGUUCUGGGAUAUCAGGAAGAAAACAAUCCACAGUGGAAGGCACGUCAGUUGACUCAGGAACACAAGCCAGAGAGCAAUGUGGAGAAGGAGAGAAUUAUCAAUUCGGGUGGAAAGGUGGUGACGAAAUCUGGUGUUCCUCGUGUGGUAUGGACACGUCCGCGUUUGGGCCAUAAAGGUCCUGUACGACGGAGUACACCAAUCGAUGAGAUUCCCUUUUUGGCUGUUGCCCGGAGUCUUGGGGAUCUUUGGAGUUACAAUUCGGAAUUGAAUGAAUUUGUUGUGAGUCCAGAUCCGGAUGUUCGUGUGAUACCCAUUGAUCCAAAGAAGUUUAGAUGUUUGAUUUUUGGGACGGAUGGUCUUUGGAAUGUUUUGUCUGCGAGUGGAGCUGUGGAAUUUGUUCAUGGUGCUGAGGUGAUCAAUGAACGCAAUAUGGUUUCCAAUGCUCCGAAAAAUUGGAUAAAUCCAAGUAAAUAUUUGGUGGAUAAGGCACUGGAGAGGUGGAGUAAUACCAAAAUGCGAGCCGAUAACACCUCAGUGGUUACGAUUAUGUUGGAUCCACCGGGUCCGCCAAAGCGUGACCUUAUAAAAUCCUCAUGUCCAAGUGGAGCACAUAUACUAGAUCAUGUACUGUACAUUCAGAAUGCGGGGGAAAAGGGUGGUGGUGGAAGGUGUGGGCAGAUGGAGGGAGGAGUACCACCUGUAUUGCCACAAAUCCGUCCGCCAGAUCCAUAUGGACCGUCUACGAGUUAUGAUAUCCACAGCAAUCAUUUGCAUAGCAAUGAUCCGGCAUCAUCCACCUCGGCGACGGGUUCCUACAUGAGUAGUGGCUUUGUGGAGUCAUACAGUAGUCUGCUGGAGGAUCAUGAGGCACCAUACCAUCAUGAGGCGUAUUCAGAUGCACUGCAAUCGCCAUUGGAAUUGCUGCAUCAUCAACAGUCCACGUCGCAAUUUGUCGUGACACCGUGUGAGGAGACGUACUCGUUGACGAAGUUGGAGACGCGUACGGAACAGCUCACAGCCAUGGCGGCGAUUUUGUCGGGAAGUGCUCGGGAACAGCAUCUCAUGGAGAUGGAAACGUUUCAUGAUUAUGCAGGAUAUGGUCCAUCGACGUCUCAGGCGCCCUCUGGGCAUUCAAUGCUCAAUCAGGAUGCCCUGCAAGAUGGUGGAGUGGCCGGAAGUGGACCGACAACUGAAGAGAUUCUGGCUUAUUGUCGUCGUAUGGCUGAACGGAAUGUCGAUAUGGAUUCAGUGGAACGUUUCUUUGCUACAUCUGUAUCUUCCCCGAGUACUUCAGCAGCAACUGGACCAGCUGCAGAUGUACAAAUGAUGAAUACCUCAUCGACUUCCCUAGAUGAUUCUGUGCAAAUUCAUGAGAUCUCAUCGAGUGACCAGGCACCACGUCAGGCAACUGGCAGUGGACAGAGAAGUGAUCAGACCCACCAUCACGAAGAGGAGGACGAGGACGAAGAAGAGUACAAGAAAAAUGACGAUGAUGAUGAUUGUGAUAUGCGAGAUGACAGUGGAGAUUCUGCAAAUGUGCCAAGGCGAACAAUGCGAAAAGUAAGGCGUCCUAGCACAAGACAGGGCAUGGUAACGAGAUCUCAGGAUGUCAAGGUAGCACCUGCUGGAAAGGUAAGGCAAAAGGAGAAUACCAAAGGGAGGAGUGAGGUGCGUUUCUGUCGAAAUUUAACGCUACGAAGUGGGAGAAUUCUCAAAUUGAAGAGUAGCCAUGCCAGAGGUGCUGCCAGUCGUUUAAGAAUUUUAGCAGUUCACUAAAAUUCCUUCAAUUGGCAGUAGAGAUGGUAAAAUUUCACAACAGUCGCCAUCUACUUUAAGACGUCUACACAUUGGGAGCAAUUUUCGUCAAAAAUUGCGUUUUUGACAGAAAUUUGACGUUUCCCUCUUUGACAGAAAUUUGACGCUGCAGGGAAUUUCCUUAAAAAAAGCAAAAAUUUCUCCCAAUGCGUAGAGGCCAUUAGGCGUAAAUUCAUGAAAUUUACCAAGUCUAAUUGGCAGCACAAAGCCCACAUUUUUUAUUUUUUUAAUUCUUUCAUUUCACGCAAAACAUUUUUAAAAACAAAAGAAAUAUCCCCUCGCAUUUUAAAGGGGAUUUUGCAAAAAAAAAAGUUGAACAUUUUUUUUUUAAUUUUUGAGAGAGAAAGAGGAAACAAAAGUUGAUAAAAAGGAAAAUUUCGUACAAAAGAAAUCUGUGGAUUAUUGAUAACAAAAAGAAAAAAACAUAAAAUAGAUUAUUAUAGAAAUAUUUGUCAAAAAUAUUUGACAUACACAUUACAUUUUCAGAGAAACAUAGUACAUGAAGAAAAAAAAGAUUAUAAAAUUUACAGAGAUUUAUCGUGACAAAAAAAAAGAGAAAAACAAAAAUAAUUGUAAAAGAAGAAAAAUAUUUAAUGAUGAACAAGUGCCUCCUUUUACUGCGUAAGAAAGUUACCAAGUUUUUUUGGGAAGGAGUUGCACACGCUAUUAGAAAUUUAUUCUUUUCAAAUAUUUUCAUCACCCUUUCCCCCUUUCCCAUUCCCCAAUCACUUUGCAAUUAUACUAUAUUUUUUUCGAUUUUAAAACUAAUCAAUCAUGAUUUAAAUUUUAAAUUAAUCCUUCAAGAAGCAUGUUUCAUGGAAGGAGAAUUUUAUUUAAAAAAAAAGAAAAAUUUUUGAAAAUCACAUCCUUUUAUUAGCAUUUAAAAAAGAAACUUCCUUUUAAUGAUUGUUCUUAAAUUAAUUUAGAGAACGUGAUGAUUUUUACAAACAAUCAAUGAUUUAUGAAAUAUAAGUGUAAUAUUUCUUUUAUAAGAAUUGAUUGAUAUUCUGCACAUCGUUUUAUUUGUAUGAAUACAAUGAUCAUCUAAUGGCGUGAACAAUCUUCUGUGUAAUAUUUACAUAAGGAAAUAAUUGUCAAAAUUGAAUGAAAUUGUUACUAUAGAGAUGCCGAAAAAAAACAAGAAAUAAUAUAUUAGUUAUAUUUACGAUAGGAAA